AAUACACCGUCAAAAAAAUUUAAAUAGUCACACAACCAGGACAGGAACAGGGUUGGGGUUAGUGGUGCGGCUCGCCGUACCUGCUAAACAUUUUUUUCCGCCAUGAAUUCCCUUGCCAGUAACGUCUUACGAUGUAGUAUGCGAGUAUCUUUGCCGCAUGGUAAACAGGCUGUCGCUUACAUGUCUAAGUCAAUAACUGAUAAUGUCUCCAUCAGAAAACGAAAAACCAUUAGCAAAGCCAUGCGGUCUUACAUCGAUCGUGUUAAGCAAUUUGAGGAAGGUACAGUUCAAGCUAAAGAAGAAUAUGAAACUGGCAGACGUUUCUUAGCUAAUAUUAUGGGGGAAGACCCUGCAACUUUCAGCGCUGAAGAUGUCAAUAGAGCCAUUGAGUAUCUCCUUCCUUCUGGAUUGUUUGAGAAGACUGCGAGACCUGAGAUGCUCCCUCCUGUUGAAUAUAAGCAAUCGGCAAAGUUUGACAACACCGGGCGACCAUUCCACUUUCUCUUUUACACGGGCUUUCCUCAUACUUAUGAGCUACAGCAUGAAACAGUUAAACGAAUCAAUAAAGCUGAUGCAUUGUUGGACCUGAUUCACAAGAAAGGUCAUACUCCUGAAAAGGAACAUCAAAUGGAUCUUGUAUCUACAGAGUGGAAGAACAAAAAGGAAAUUCAAGAAACCAUUAAUGAAUGCAUGAAAGAUUCUCAUUUUGAGAGAACAAUGGAAACACUGGAAUCUUUGGCCAGACAUCCAAUGUCUGCUAGUUUCUCAUCCUUCUUGACAAAUUACAGAAAACCAGUAAUAAAACAAGUAGCCGAAAUGAAACUGCCAUCGAUUCAAUUAGAUGCUGAUGGGCGUUCCUUUGUUGAAGCUACCCGUAGAAGAAAGCAUGCCGUAGCUACGGUUGUCAUUCGUACUUCAGGAACUGGAAAAAUAACUAUUAAUGGAGAGCAUGACAUCUUGUACUUCAAGGAUGUUCAAGCACGUGAACAGAUCCUGUACCCGCUGCAGUUCACCGGCAUGCUGGAGAAGGUGGACCUGGACAUCACCGUGGAGGGCAACGGAUCCUCUGCCCAGGCCGGGGCGGCCAGGUACGCGACGGCCGUGGCGCUCACCCCGCUCGUGAACGAGGACAAGCGCAACGAGAUGCAGAUAGCCGGGUUGCUCAACUACGACAGGCGGGAAGCUGAACGGAAGAAGACCGGCAAGAGGGGCGCGCGCCGAAGCUACACCUGGCUCAAGCGGUAGUUUACAAGCAAUCGCGGUAUUCUGUACAUACUUGUAUGAAUAAGAAGUAAUAAAUUGCCCUGUAAUGUUGAA